AAGGGGGCGGGUUGUGGUUCCGGUUCCGGUGCGGACACAUGUGAAGUGAAGGUCGGUGAGUUGGUGCGGUGUGUGUCUAGGCUGCCGUCUAGACAAGCGUGGUUGCUCUGGGAUGGAUUCCUCCUCCUCGUCUUCUGCGGCGGGUCUGGGCGCAGUGGACCCGCAGUUGCAGCAUUUCAUCGAGGUGGAGACUCAGAAGCAGCGUUUCCAGCAGCUGGUGCACCAGAUGACUGAACUUUGUUGGGAGAAGUGCAUGGACAAGCCGGGGCCAAAAUUGGACAGUCGGGCCGAGGCCUGCUUUGUGAACUGCGUUGAGCGUUUCAUCGAUACAAGCCAGUUCAUCUUGAACAGACUGGAGCAGACCCAGAAGUCCAAGCCAGCUUUCUCAGAAAGCCUUUCUGACUGAUCUCAGCAUUACCUCUUCGGAAAAGGAAGGUAGUUGAAGAAAAGAAGAGCUGUUGAUGGGAUGAAGAAAUGGCAGUGAGGGGACUGACUCCCACUUUUUGUCACUCUUGGGACGUCUUUUCUUGAGAAUAAACAAAGACCAGCUUUUUUUGUGUGGGGUUUGAGGGUCAUAUGUGUAUUUACUUUUUUUCCUGCGAAUCCUAUGAAAAUAAUUGACAGUGAGUGAGAAAUGA